AUGCUUGCCCAGACUCCCUGGCGGCGGGCCAUGACUCCCCGCAUCGCCCUGCACACAUUAGGACUCACCGCCUCCUCCGAUCUCUCCCACGCACGUGUGAAGAAGGCGUACAUCGCCCAGACUCUGCAGUGCCACCCGGAUUUACACCCAGACGACCCUCACGCCACUGAAAAGUUCCGGCGUCUCUCAGAGGCACUUCGGGUCGCUCUUAAAUCUAUUGAAAUGCGAAUGGCAUCAACUUCAUCAUCAUCAUUAUCGGGAAAAGGAAGAACUGGUAGUAGUGGUGGAGUUACUUUAGAUGAUUCACAAAGUGUGUUGGAGGCACUUCGACAUGCCAUUACCACUUAUCACAAAUUUAGAGAUGCAACAGGAAAUAAUAAAGAAAAUGAAUCGAAAGUGGAAUCAUCUGAUUCUUUUUUAUCCCAUUCAUUAGAGUAUGUUUCUUCUGUGUGUCAGAGAGAAUCUACGGCAAUGCGUCGUGUGGAACAAUUUUGUAAUGAACUUCCAGAAGUUCUUUGUGGAAAAUCAUGUGUUCUCUUUGAGGCUGUAGCUUUCUUUAAUGCGAGAUAUGUAGAGGCCAUGUCUCGCUGUGUAUUAAGAUUUUCAAAAAAUCUUCCUAUAAUUGUUAAUCGUAUAGUAAAAGGACGUAAGAAAUAUGUACGUUAUAUACAUAAUAAGGCUAACUCUGGUGUUGGAACAGGUAAUCGUCCUCGCCAACAACGCAUUGAAGAAAUGGCAAUGAAACCACUUGUUCUUGUUGGGGCACUUUUAUUUGAUCAAGAACCAGAUUUUAAAGCCAAAACCAAUUCUUCACAGUCUCUCAAUAAUAAUGAUAAUAAUAAAGAGGAGGAGGAGGAGGAGGGGGAGGAAUCAUCUCAUUUUUACGAUACAAAUCAAAGUACAUGUGGAGCUAUCUCUCGAAAAGAUAUAAAAAUAUGUGAGGAAUUAACAUGUACAAUUUACCCUUCUGAUUCUAUAGGUAAUAUUACAGAAAAAAUGGGCAAGUGGGAAGCUGCAAGCUAUGAACGUUUACAAUUAGAACUUGCAAUGGUAGAUACAACAUCUUUAAUUUCUGGUAUGUUAGAUCUUAAUGAACACUGUUUAGCGGUAAUGCAUCAUUUACAUCUUCCCAAGGAAACUUCUGUAAAAGUUUCCCUAACACUUCAAAAACUGGUAUGCAGUUUAUGUUACCAUUGUGAUGAAAAAACACAAGAGAAUGAAAAUCAUUUUAAAAAUGAUGCCUCUAUAGAAGAAAUGGAAGAAAAAGAAGAAGAAGGAAUUUCUUAUGGAAUUUCUCGUUGUCGUUAUCUUGCCAAAGCCACUGCACCUUAUAUUGAGGGAAAUAUUACCAUAAUGUGGGAUAAACAAACAUCCUUGGUAGAAAAUACAGAAGAAAUUGCAGUAGGAGAUGAAAAGGAUAUCAUGUACAAGUGUAGAAAAAAUAUAGAGAAGGAAAAAGAUUAUAUAGUUGUUCGUCACAUGUCUUGUUGUACUGCAGAAAUGAUUCGUUUUGCAGUUUCUAUAAAGUUAUCUAAAGAUUUUGGUGAAUUUCUGGGAAGUUUAGUAGCUGCAUUGGAAAUGGUACUUGAACAGGCUCAUACCGCAGCCUCCAUAUUGUCUAAACUUUUAGAAUUGAGAGAAUUAGUAGUUAAUGAAGAAUUUAUUCCAUCCAAGAAUAUCAAUAAUGAGAAUGAGAAUGAGAAUGAGGAAAAGGAUAUAACCAAUAAAUCCAGCAUUCCAUUGCAAAAUAAUGUCUAUAAUAAGGAUGAAUCGUGUAACACGGAAAAUAAAGAAGCAAAUAAGGAUGAUAAUAAUAAUGGUGAUAAUGAUAAUGAAGAAGAAGAAGAAAUGGAAUAUAAAUACCGUGGACCUAUUCACUGUUUCCCUCGUAUAUUUUCUAUGGAUACUACACAAGAAUAUAUUUUCUGGCAAAAUUUAUAUAAAAAUCGUAUCUAUUUAGCCCUACAUGCUCCUGCUAUGAAUGCUAUAAAUGUUUAUUACAAUUGUUUACCAUACAAACCACAUUUACAUGCCACUCAUUAUGGUGAUAAAAAUAAAGAAAAUGAAGAAAUUUUUGGAGGAUGGAUUGGUGAAGCUAAAGAUGGAACAGAUAAUGUUGUAAUAACUAAACGAGAAUUUGAAAAUAACUCUUCCUUUAAAGAAUGGUUAGAGGAAGUAGUAGAACAAUCUUCAUUAAAUAAAGAAUGUCAUCGAAUUAUAAGUGAAGCUGGUGUUGGUUACAUUACAAGAGACCCUACACUUCCAUUACCCCAAUAUCUUUCUUUUGUAAAAGUUUUUUGUAUGGCAACAGCUGUACGUGGGGUAUUGGAACGGAAUGCAGGUAAAACCCGCACCGCAACUCCAGAGGAUACGGGUUUUAUUAUUGUUGUGGGAACAGAGUGUGAUGUACGUGAUGGGGGACAUUUUAUCGUCCCAUGGUGGAUGGAUCCAUCGGUCUUGUUGGCACUUUUGCAAGAGAAUUCUGGGAGUCUGGCACUUCUUGAUUGA